CAGAACCCGGAAGAAGUGAGAAAGUGAGCAGUGCCAAAGAUACUCUGGCAGUCCUAGCUAACACAUAAAACCAGAACCCACUUUUCUUAACUUCUUCUGUCAGCAAACUAAACCAAUAAUAUAGCCCAGUGGUUUACUCGCAGCGAAUCAACAUCAAGAUUAGUGUAUAUACGAGCUGGACAUGCCUAUGUAUGUAGCUAGCUGCUGAACUGCACGCAUUCUAUAUAGUUAGCUAGCUAAGUUAGCGUAAUUACUAUCUCCAAAACAAACAGGUUGUGCUGUGCAGUGGACUUUGGCAGCAGCAGUGGGAGUUCUAGCAAACGUUACUAUUGCAAGCUAGCCAGUUUAUACAUACAUAUUAUUAUUGGUGCUUAUUUGAAUUUCCUGUCUUAUUAGGCUAUUGACAACCCCUAAGUUAACUAACGCUACACCUAAUUUAGUAGCCAGCAGCUAUGGCCAGCACCAGCAUGGCUUCUGCAGCUGCAACAGGAGACAAACCCUCAAGUUCGGGUUCUAAGAAGAAGAUUGAAAAGAAGUUGGCUUCUAAAGAGGAGUCCAGAUUCCUGUCCAGUAUCAUGGGCGUCAUGAACAACCUAAGGAAACAGGUGUGUGUGUGUGUGAGCGAGCGAGCGAGCGUGAGAGUGUGUGUCUAACAGUGUGUGUUUUCUGCAGGGUACUCUAUGUGAUGUGAUCUUGGUGGUUCAGGGGAAACAUAUUCCUGCUCACAGAGUGGUCUUAGCUGCAGCCAGCCACUUCUUCAGCCUCAUGUUUACUAGUGAGUACACUACACACACACACACACGCAUGCACACUCAACUUUGUUGUAACUCUAUCUCUUUCUCCCUUACCUCUAAUAACACGUAUUACACCAAUGUGACACUUCUCUCUAUCUCUCUCUCUCCAUCUCUCUCUCUCUCUCCCUCAAGCCAGCAUGAUGGAGUCUACCAGUCACGAGGUGGAGUUGAGGAGUGCUGAGCCUGAGAUCAUAGAACUGCUGGUGGAGUUUGUCUACACCGCUCGGUAAGCCGCACACACACACACACACACACACACAAAUGUCCAUCCAUAUGGGACACUUUAGACACAAAACACACCCCAUACUGUGUGUGUUUCAGUAUCUCAGUGAACAGCAGUAAUGUCCAGUCUUUGCUGGAUGCAGCCAACCAGUACCAGAUAGAACCUGUGAAGAAGAUGUGUGUUGACUUCCUAAAAGAGCAAGUCGACGCAACCAACUGUCUGGGUAAGACCUGUCUAAAUUCUAUACAUCUAUAAUAGUGUCUCUCAAAUUCGCCUCCACACAAACACACACUCCUUAACCUCUGGCCUUUCUCUAGGUAUCUCUGCUCUAGCGGAGUGUUUGGACUGUCCAGAGUUGAAGCUGUCAGCUGAUGACUUCAUACAUCAGCACUUCACUGAGGUCUAUAAACUGGAUGAAUUCCUCCAACUGAACGUCACCCAGCUCACCCAGCUACUGCACCAAGACACACUCACUGUCCGGGCCGAGGACCAGGUAACACACACAUACACACACGUGCGCGUGAAACCACACACACACACCAGAUACUUUACCAUGUUGUCAUUAAUGUGUGUGUACAUCACUGGCUCAAGUAUGACAUGUUCUCCCCCCCCCGUUUCACUAUCUCCCUUUCUGUGUGUGUGUGUGUGUAGAUCUAUGAGUCUGCGGUGCGGUGGCUGAAGUAUGAUGUGUGUAACAGACAGAGUCACAUGGUGGAGGUGUUGGGCUGUGUCCGCUUCCCUCUGGUGUCUAAAGCCUUCCUCUCUAAGACCGUCCAGGCUGAACCCCUCAUACAGGACAACCCAGAGUGUCUCAAGAUGGUCAUCAGUGAGUAAUCACACACCUGUAUAUGGGUCUUUCUAUAAACUGGGGUACCAGUGAGGAUUUCCUACACUGGGCAACUUAUUACAGCUGUUGAUAAUAAUCUGCAAAACAUGUUCAUGUCAUUACAUGAAGAUAUAGGGGGGAUCAUGGGUAUAUUCAAUACAAUUCACGGUUGGUGAAUUUAUCAUGGUUGGUGCCUUGAAGGAUUUGUCAAAAAUCGUGUGACAUAAAACAUUACUUUUCUGGCCUUGCGUUUAUGGCAGUGUAAAUUAUCGUUAUAUCAUAUAUUAAGCAUUAAUCAGUUAAAUUAGACAUUGAACUUGAAGAAUCCUGGAUCUAGCCGUCAGUUAUUUGUAUAGAGAUCACAGAAAUGCAGUGUAACUACAUAACAUUUUGUGUCUCCCUAUGUUACAGGGUGAAAACAGUUUUUAUUGGCACACACAAAAGUCCAAAAUAAUAAAUGCUAUUGAAAAUUAAAAUGCUUCUAACCGAAAGAGUGACCUUACCUUGAUACUUAAAACCUAAAUCGAUACUGUCAUUAACGUGGUUCUUCAAUAGUUAUGCAUAAUACUUAUUUAAUUUUUGAUCCGUUUUUGUCAGAGAUGUGACCACUUUAGUUUGUUUCCUGCCGCUUCAAUUGAAGGAUGCUGCGCAGUUAUGUGAAGUUAUUAUGAUGAUGACAACAUCUCAUGUUGGCUUCAACUUGGCUUUCCAUACAAAUCCUUCCAUUAAAAAAAGAACCUGGUUUUUGGUCACUUUCUCGUUAUAAAAACAGUGAUGGUGAGAUUAAGCUACUGCUAUUCAUGGCUUUAUUAUGUGUGCCUGCGUCAGCCACAUAGGCUACAGAAAAAUCGGCAUGCAUGCAUCCAAUCUAUUUAGUCAGGCAAUGUCCAAAUUAUUCUCUCAGAUUUUAGAAUGUAAUAAUAAUUUGAAUAUCAAGGCCUAAAAAAAUCAUUAUUCUUAAAGUGCUUUUUGGGGGGGAGGGGUGUUCUAUAUAAGGCCCUAUACUGUAUGGACAGUUAUAUAAAUUAUACAAUUGUAUAACAUUGAGGUCCUUGAAAAUUACAAAUAAGGAUCCACUUCCUGUUGAACGAGGGAGAGCUCGGUUUUUUUAAAUUGUAUUUUUUAUAUAUAUAUAUAUAUAUUGGGCUCCCGAGUGGCGCAGUGGUCUAAGGCACUGCAUCUCAGUGCUUGAGGCGUCACUACAGACCCCCUGGUUCGAUUCCAGGCUGUAUCACAACCGGCCGUGAUUGGGAGUCCCAUAGGGCGGCGCACAAUUGGCGGUGUAGGCCGUCAUUGUAAAUAAGAAUUUGUUCUUAACUGACUUGCCUAGAUAAAUAAAGGUUUAAAAAAUCAAUAUAUAUAUAUACACAUACACUACCGUUCAAAAGUUUGGGGUCACAUAGAAAUGUCCUUGUUUUUUGAAAGAAAAUCAUUUUUUUUGUCCAUUUAAAAUAAAUACAGUGUAGACAUUGUUAAUGUUGUAAAUGGCUAUUGUAGCUGGAAACGGCUGAUUUGUUAUGGAAUAUCUACAUAGGCGUACAGAGGCCCAUUAUCAGCAACCAUCAGUCCUGUGUUCCAAUGGUACGUUGUGUUUGCUAAUCCAAAUUUAUGAUUUUAAAAGGCUAAUUGAUCAUUAGAAAACCCUUUUGCAAUUAUGUUAGAACAGCUGAAAACUGUUGUGCUGAUUUUAAAGAAGCAAUAAAACUGACCUUCAGCAAUUGUGGGUUCGAUUACUGGCUCAAAAUGGCCAGAAACAAAGAACUUUCUUCUGAAACUCGUCAGUCUAUUCUUGUUCUGAUAAAUGAAGGCUAUUCCAUGCAAGAAAUUGCCAAGAAAUGGAAGAUCACGUACAACGCUCUGUACUACUCCUUUCACAGAACAGCGCAAACUGUCUCUAACCAGAAUAGAAAGAGGAGUGGGAAGCCCCGGUGCACAACUGAGCAAGAGGACAAAUACAUUAGUGUCUAGUUUGAGAAACAGACGCCUUACAGGUCCUCAACUGACAGCUUCAUUAAAUAGUACCCGCAAAACACCAGUCUCAACGUCAACAGUGAAGAGGCGACUCCGGGAUGCUGACCUUCUAGGCAGAGUUGCAAAGAAAAUGCCAUAUCUCAGACUGGCCAAUAAAAAGAAAAGAUUAAGAUGGGCAAAAGAACACAGACACUGGACAGACGAAUCAAAGUUUGAGGUGUUCGGAUCACAGAAGAACAUUUGUGAGACGCAGACCAAAUGAAAAGAUGCUGGAGGAGCGCUUGAUGCCAUCUGUCAAGCAUGGUGGAGGCAAUGUGAUGGUCUGGGGGUGCUUUGAUGGUGGUAAAGUGGGAGAUUUGUACAGGGUAAAAGGGAUCUUGAAGAAGGAAGGCUAUCACUCCAUUUUGCAACGCCAUGCCAUACCCUGUGGACGGCACUUGAUUGGAGCCAAUUUCCUCCUACAACAGGACAAUGACCCAAACUGCAAGAACUAUUUAGGGAAGAAGCAGUCAGCUUGUAUUCUGUAUAUAAUGGAGUGGCCAGCACAGUCACCGGAUCUCAACCCUAUUGAGCUGUUGUGGGAGCAGCUUGACUGUAUGGUACGUAAGAAGUGCCCAUCAAGCCAAUCCAACUUGUGGGAGGUGCUUCAGGAUGAAAUCUCUUCAUAUUACCUCAACAAAUUGACAACGCCAAAGGUCUGCAAGGCUGUAAUUUCUGCAAAUGGAGGAUUCUUUGACGAAAGCAAAGUUUGAAGGACACAAUUAUUAUUUCAAUUAAAAAUCAUUAUUUCUAACCUUGUCAAUGACAACAUUUCCUAUGCAUUUUUCUACAUUUCCUAUUCAAACUCAUUUCAUGUAUGUUUUCAUGGAAAAUAAGGACAUAUCUAAGUGACCCCAAACUUUUGAAUAUAUACCCCCCCCCUUUUCUUUCACGAUAUCCAAUUGGUAGUUAGUCUUGUCCCAUCGCUGCAACUCCCCUAAGGACUCAGGAGAGGCGAAAGUCGAGAGCCAUGCGUCCUCCGAAACACGACCCUGCCAAGCCGCACUGCUUCUUGACACACUGCUCGCUUAACCCGGAAGCCAGCCGCACCAAUGUGUUGGAGGAAACACCGUCCAGCUGGCAACCGAAGUCAGCUUGCAGGCGUUUGGCCCGCCACAAGGAGUCGCUAGAGCGUGAUGGGACAAGGAAAUCCCGGCCGGCCAAACCCUCCCCUAACCCGGACGACGCUGGGCCAAUUGUGCGACGCCUCAUGGAUCUGUGACACAGCCUGGGAUCGAACCCAUGGCUGUAGUGAUGCCUAAAGCACUGCGAUGCAGUGCCUUAGACCGCUGCGCCACUCAGGAGGCCGUACGUUUGUUGUUUUAAAAGUGUAUUGGAAAGUUUCUUAGUUGCUAGCUAACUUUUUAGUUUGGAUCCCGCGACGCAGUUGGCAUCAGUUGCUGGGACUGCUACUCUCUGUCCAGUGAUCCUCCCGACCAAGGCCGGGUCUAAUGAGCUAUUUGGCGUAGCAGCUAGCCUAGCUGCUAGCUAGCUGCCUAUCAAGCUAGUGGGGUUUCUUGGCAGCUUGAACGCAGCCUGCGACGCGGUUAGCCAUUGUGGCUGGGACCGCGGAUUGUCCCGGGUUUGUGGCUGUCUAGAUUCCUGCUGUUUGUUGUUUUCAAUCUUCCCUGUGACCUGCCCUGUCUGGAACUGCGAGCAGUAACAGCGUAACCUACAUUGCUAGCUACUAUGACAAAGACCAAAGCCGGCGGGAGUACCGUUGAGGACAGUGGUCUCUCUCUAUCACAGGUGAAGGAUCUUUUAAACUAACAAAAAUAGUUCUACAUGCAGUUGUUACAACAACAAGAAAAUAGCUUCAAGUGUUUUGUCCAAAUACUGGUGGAUUCAACUAAUAAAGAAUGGACGACCUGACCAGAGAGGUCCAGGACCUGAAGAACAGCUUACAGUUCUCCCAGGGUCAGCUCAAUGAGUUGAAACAGUAGAACGGCAAGAUGACAGCAAUCUGUAAGUCAUUGAGAGAGGACAUCAGUUCUGUGUGUGAAUCCAUGAAAAAAAUCAAGACGGAAUAACAUGGUUGUGGACGGAAUUGCAGAAUCUCCACAUGAGACCUGGACGGAGUCUGAGGACAAAGUGAGGAAAAUGAUCUCUGAGAAAUUGAAGAUGGAUCACAGGAAGAUUGAGGUGGAGCGCGCCCACAGAACUGGAAAACCCACCACUGGCCCAGGUGACAGGCCCAGGUCGAUAGUGGUCAAGUUCCUGAGGUUCAAGGACAAGGUAGCUGUUCUGUAAAGAGCCAAGCACUUGAGAGGAAUGUAUAUCUUCCUCAACGAGGACUAUCCUGAAGAUGUGUGCCAGAAGAGGAAAGAACUUAUCCCAGCCAUGAAAGCUGCCAGAGCGCGUGGGGACAUUGCUUACAUCCGCUAUGACAGGCUCAUUGUCCACCCUCCCUCUCAGAAGCCUGGAAGGGAUGAGAGAGCCAAGCCUAUGGGUUCGUAGCUUCAACCCCAUAGCACACACACACACACACCAAUUGAUUAAUGGACUGCAGAAUUUAUAUAUUUUUUAUCUUGCUUUGUUUGCUCUUUUCCAUAUGAUGUCUAUCUCUAAUAAGCUACCCAGGAAAGGGCCGAAAAUAGCCCAUAUUAAUAUAUGUAGCCUUGGAAAUAAGGUUCAUGAAAUCAAUAACUUGCUAACAUCAGAUAACAUUAAUAUAUUAGCAAUUUCUGAGACUCACUUAGAUAAUUCAUUUGAUGAUACAGCAGUAGCAAUACAAGGAUAUAACAUCUAUAGAAGAGACAGAAAUGCUUAUGGCGCAGGUGUUGCUGUAUAUAUUCAGAGCCAUAUCCCUGUAAUGCUUACAGAAGAUUUUAAGUCAAGUGUUAUUGAAGUGUUGUGGUUGCAGGUUCACUUGGCACAUCUAAAGCCUUUUCUUUUGUGGUGUUGCAAUAGGCCACCAAGUGCUAACAUUCAGUAUUUAAAUAAUAUGUGUGAAAUGCUUGAUGGUGUAUGUGAUGUAAACAGAAAGGUCUACUUUCUUAGGGACCUGAAUAUUGACUGGUUUUCAUCAAGCUGUCCACUCAAGAGGAAGCUUCUCACUGUAACCAGUGCCUGUAAUCUGGUUCAGGUUAUUAAUCAACCUACCAGGGUGUUUACAAACACUACAGGAACAAGAUCAUCCACGUAUCGAUCACACUUUUACUAAUACUGUAGAACUUUGUUCUAAAGCUGUAUCCGUACCCAUUGGAUGCAGUGAUAACAAUAUAUUGGCUAUAUCCAGGAAAGGCAAAGUUCCAAAAGCUGGGCCUAAAAUAGUGUAUGAGAUAAUACAAAAGAUUUUGCUAUGACUCUUAUGUGGAUGUUGAAAAUAUUUGUUGGUCUGAUGUGAUUUAAUAAGGAGCAUCCAGACGCUGCACUUGAUGAAUUUAUGAAAUUGCUUCUUCCAAUUAUUGAUAAACAUGUACCUGUUAGGAAACUGACUGUUCGGCUCCAUGUUAAGGCUCCAUGUAUGAUGAGGAAUUUAAAAACUGUAUGGUCGAAUGAGAUGGGGCAAAAGGAGUGGCUAAUAAGUCUGGCUGCACAUCUGACUGGCUGACUUACUGCAAAUUUGAGAAAUUAUGUGACUAAACUGAACAAAAAGAAGAAGAAACUGUAUUAUGAAGCCAAGAUCAAUGAUAUAAAGAAUGAUAUAUAUGGUGGUCCUCUGUAGCUCAGCUGGUAGAGCACGGCGCUUGUAACGCCAAGGUAGUGGGUUCGAUCCCCGGGACCACCCAUACACAAAAAAAAAAAAAAAAAAUGUAUGCACGCAUGACUAAGUCGCUUUGGAUAAAAGCGUCUGCUAAAUGGCAUAUUAUAUUUAUUAUAUUAUUAUUAUUAUUAUUAUAUUAUAUGAUGGAAAACAAACGUUGAAUUACUUUAAAUUAAAUUAUGGGCAGAAAGACAAAUUCAACUCCAUCUUUCAUCGAAUCAGAUGGCUUAUUCAUCACAACCAUUUGAUGUUGCCAAUUAUUUUUAUGAUUACUUCAUUGGCAAAGUGGGCAAACUUAGGCAGGAAAUGGCAACAACGAACAGUGAGACAUCGUAUUCCUGCAUAAAGAAACAAAUAAUGAAAGAAAAGCAUUUCAAGUUAGAAUUUUGUAAAGUUAGUGUGGGAGAGGUGGAAAAAUUGUUAUCGAUCUGAGCCUAGAGGAAAGUAUUUGUCCUCAGGCCUGGAGGGAAGCCAAAGUAAUUCCGCUACCCAAGAGUGGUAAAGUGGCCUUUACUGGUUCUAACAGCAGACCUAUAAGCUUGCUGCCAGCUCUUAGCAAACUGUUGGAUAAAAUUGUGUUUGACCAAAUACAAUGUUAUUUUUCUGUAAACAAAUUAAUAAGACUUUCAGCAUGCUUAUAGAGAAGGGCACUCAACAUGUACUGCACUGACACAAAUUACCUGAUGAUUGGUUUAAAUAAAUUGAUGAUAAGAAGAUUGUGGGAGCUGUACUGUUAGAUUUCAGUGCAGCCUUUGAUAUUAUUGACCAUAACCUGUUGUUGAAAAAACGUAUGUGUUAUGGCUUUUCAACCUCUGCCAUAUCGUGGAUUCAGAGCUAUCUUAUCUAAUAGAACUCAAAGGGUUUUCUUUAAUGGAAGCUUCUCUGUCAAACAUGUAAAGUGUGGUGUACCACAGGGCAGCUUUCUAGGCCUUCUACUCUUUUUUCUAUUUUUACCACUGGCAUUAAACAAAGCAUGUGUGUCCAUGUAUGCUGAUGAUUCAACCAUAUACGCAUCAGCAGCCACAGCUAAUGAAGUCACUGAAACCCUUAACAAAGAAUUGCAGUCUGUUUUGGAAUGGGUGGCUAGUAAUAAACUGGUCCUGAACAUCUCUAAAACGAAGUGCAUUGUAUUUGGUACAAUCCUUCCCUAAGUUUUAGACCUCAGCUGAAUCUGGUAAUGAAUGGUGUGGCUGUUGAACAAGUUGAGGAGACUAAAUUACUUGGCGUUACCUUAGGUUGUAAACUGUCAUGGUCAAAACAUAUAGAUUCAAUGGUUGUAAAGAUGGGGAGAGGUCUGUCCGUAAUAAAGAGAUGCUCUGCUUUUUUGACACAACACUCCAAAAAGCAAGUCCUGCAGGCUCUAGUUUUGUCUUAUCUUGAUUAUUGUCCAGUCGUGUGGUCCAGUGCUGCAAGGAAAGACCUAGUUAAGCUGCAGCUGGCCCAAAACAGAGCGGCACGUCUUGCUCUUCAUUGUAAUCAGAGGGCUGAUAUAAAUACUAUGCAUGCCAGUCUCUCUUGGUUAAGAGAGAUUUCAUCUGAAAAUCCCAAAUUGUUUGCAUAGUCAACUUACACACAGCUCUGACACACACACUUACCCCACCAUGGGUCUUUUCACAGUCCCCAAAUCCAGAACAAAUUCAAGAAAGCGUACAGUAUUAUAUAGAGCCAUUAUUGCAUGGAACUCCGUUCCAUCUCAUAUUGCUCAAAUAAACAGCAAACCUGGUUUCAAAUAACAGAUAAAGCAACGCCUCCCCUAUUUGACCCAGAUAGUUUGUGUAUGUAUUGAUAUCUAGGCUACGCAUGCCUUUAAAAAUGUUUUAUGUAGUUCUCUCCUUGAGCUGUUCUUGUCUAUUAAUGUUCUGUAUUAUGUAAUGUUUCAUGUUUUGUGUGGACCCCAGGAAGAGUAGCUGCUGCUUUUGCAACAGCUAAUGGGGAUCCUAAUAAAAUACCACCAAAAUAAAGUGCUUGAAAAAGUCCCCAAAAGUCCUUGAAUUUGACUUGCCAAUGUCUGUAUGAACCCUGCUUAAAGGAUGUAUAGUCCUAGGCCGAUGUUGUUGUAUAGGUGGAGUUAUGGGCUAAUUUGCAUAUAUUCACUUUUAUUCCUCUAAGUACACAUGUGGAACUGUAUAAAAAUAUGUUUUAUUUUUGUUUCAAAACAUUUAGAAAUGUUGAUCCCAAUGUGACACGUUGGCCCCAUUAUUGAUGGGGGUGUGUGUAACCUGUUUUUGUGUAUCUAGGUGGGAUGCGGUACCACCUGUUGUGCCCAGAGGAUCGUGAGGAGUUGGGAGAGAACAGUCGCCCGCGGCGUAAGAAACACGACUACAGGAUUGCUCUGUUUGGAGGCUCGCAACCCCAGUCCUGCAGAUAUUUCAACCCUAAGGUACACACACCUACAUGUGCUUCAACUCAAAGAACAUUACGUCACUUAGACAGGGCCAGUCUGUAGUCCAUCUGCUCAUUCAAAUAUGUGGGGAUGUUAACAAAAUGGCUGAAUCAUUGGCUGAAUCAGCCUUGGUUUCUCAAAUGACUGCCUCGCCUGGUUCACCAACUACUUCUCAGAGUUCAAUGUGUCAAAUCGGAGGGCCUGUUGUCUGGACCUCUGGCAGUCUCUAUGGGGGUGCCACAGGGUUCAAUUCUCAGGGCGACUCUAUUCUCUGUGUAUAUCAAUGAUGUCGCUUUUGCUGCUGGUGACUCUCAGAUCCACCUCUACGCAGACGACACCAUUUUGUAUACAUCUGGCCCUUCAUUGGACACUGUGUUAACAAACCUCCAAACGAGCUUCAAUGCCAUACAACACUCCUUCCGUAGCCUCCAACUGCUCUUAAACGCUAGUAAAACUAAAUGCAUGCUCUUCAAUCGAACGCUGCUUGCACCCGCCUGUCCGACUAGAAUCACUACUCUCGACGGGUCUGACUUAGAAUAUGUGGACAACUACAAAUACCUAGGUGUCUGGUUAGACCGUAAACUCUCCUUCCAGACUCACAUUAAGCAUCUCCAAUCCAAAGUUAAAUCUAGAAUCGGCUUCCUAUUUCGCAACAAAGCCUCCUUCACUCAUGCUGCCAAACAUGCCCUUGUAAAACUGACUAUCCUACCGAUCCUUGACUUCGGCGAUGUCAUUUACAAAAUAGCCUCCAACACUCUACUCAGCAAAUUGGAUGUCGUCUAUCACAGUGCCAUCCGUUUUGUCACCAAAGCCCCAUAUACUACCCACCAUUGUGACCUGUACGCUCUCGUUGGCUGGCCCUCACUACAUAUUAGUCGCCAAACCCACUGGCUCCAGGUCAUCUAUAAAUCACUGCUAGGCAAAUCCCCGCCUUAUCUUAGCUCAUUGGUCAUCAUAGCAACACCCACCCGUAGUAUGCGCUCCAGCAGGUAUAUCUCACUGGUCAUCCCCAAAGCCAACACCUCCUUUGUCCGCCAUUCCUUCCAGUUCUCUGCUGCAAAUGACUGGAACGAACUGCAAAAAUCUCUGAAGCUGGAGACUCUUAUCUCCCUCUCUAACUUUAAGCAUCAGUUGUCAGAGCAGCUUACCGAUCACUGCAUCUGUACACAGCCCAUCUGUAAUUAGCCCACCCAACUACCUCAUCCCCAUAUUGUUAUUUAUUUUGCUCAUUUGCACCCCAGUAUCUCUAUUUGCACAUCUUCUGCACAUCUAGCACUCCAGUGUUUAAUACUAAAUUGUAAUUAUUUUGCACUAUGGCCUAUUUAUUGCCUUACCUCCAUAACUUACAUUUGCACACACUGUAUAUAGAUUUUCUAUUGUGUUAUUGACUGUAUGUUUUGUUUAUUCCAUAUGUAACUCUGUGUUGUCGUUUUUAUCGCACUGCUUUGCUUUAUCUUGGCCAGGUCGCAGUUAUAAAUGAGAACUUGUUCUCAACUGGCUUACCUGGUUAAAUAAAGGUGAAAUAAAAUAAAAAUGUCAAGUACGGGGUGUGUGUCCAGGACUACAGCUGGUCAGAUAUUCGUUGUCCGUUUGAGAAGCGUCGCGAUGCCACAGCUGUGUUCUGGGAUAAUGUUGUUUACAUCCUGGGAGGAUCUCAGCUGUUCCCCAUCAAGAGGAUGGACUGUUACAACGUACUGAAGGACAGCUGGUACUCCAAACUAGGUACUGGAAAGUGUGUGUUUGUUGUAUUAGUGACGGAAAUUGGAGUAGUGCGACUUGUGUUGCAACACAGAAAAAGAUGUGUGUGUGUGUGUGUUAGGGCUGGGUGAUAUGGUGAAAACCAGUAUACCCCAGUAUGGAUGUUUAUAAUACCAUCUAUAAAGGUAUUUUGAUACAGUGCUAAAUAAAUUAAAAGUUCUACAAAUUGGACUACUUCACUGCCAGUUUUGUCCUAGUUUGGUUGACUAUAAAACCAUCAGAAUGAAGAAAGACCAUUAAAACCACUUAGAAUUAAUUUGUCAUUCUAGGGUCAUUCACUAUUCAUAAAACAUAUUAAGAACUUUUCAUAUUCUGAAACUUUAAAUACCGUCAAAUACUGCCAUGUGGUCUAAAAUGAGAAAGAUAUUUUGAAAGGAUAUUUUGCCCAUAUCACCCAGCCAUAGUGUGUGUGUGUUAGUUCUUAAAUUUUCUCGUUUGUAAACUAGGCCCCCCUACACCACGGGACAGUCUGGCUGCUUGCGCCUCUCAGGGCAAGAUCUACACCUCUGGAGGGUCGGAAGUAGGUGAGUUUCACUCUCACACACACUCACCGGAGGACAGGAAAGUAUUGGGCUGAUGGCUUAUCUAUAUCAGCAUUGUAGCGUAACAUUGUAUUGAAGUGUUUGUGCUACUUUCUGUGUGUGUGUGUCUCUGUGCGUCUCUCCCUCUAGGCAGCUCAGCAUUGAACCUGUUUGAGUGCUAUGACACGCGGUGUGAGUCGUGGCAGACCAAGGCCAGUAUGUUGAUGUCUCGCUGUAGCCACGGCAGCGUGGAGGCCAAUGGGCUCAUCUACGUCUGCGGAGGGUCGCUAGGCAACAAUGUCUCUGGGAGGGUCCUCAGCAACUGUGAGGUUUAUGACCCCGUUAAGGAGGAGUGAGUGUAAACACACGUAUACACACACAUACUCGCUCACAUAUACGUAUGCAAACAUACACACCAUACUCCUCUAGUAACAUAUAAGUUAAUAACUAGUUAAUAAAUGUGUGUAUCUUCUGUGUGUGUGUUUUAGAUGGCGGGAGCUGAGUGGGAUGAGGGAAGCUAGGAAGAACCACGGUCUGGUGUUUGUCAACAACAGAAUCUACGCUGUGGGAGGAAUGAACGGACUGGGUACGGCGCACACACACACACACACUCUGUGGGGUAUGUUUGGGGUAUAUUUAUAUGUGUGCGUGUGUAGGUGGGCUGGACUCGGUGGAGUUCUAUGACAUCGGCAGGAAUAGGUGGCACAUUGCCGCGGCGAUGCCGUGGCGUGGGAUGAACGUGAGGUGUGCUGCAGUCAGUGGAGUGAUUUACGUACUGGCAGGUUUCCAGGGGGUCGGACGACUAGGACACAUCCUGGAGUACCACACUGACACUGACAGGUACACACACACACAUUUGUAUAACAUUUCCUGUGUGUGUUCUCUUAUUUUUAUCUUACUCCUUUGUGUGUGUGUGUGUGUGUAGGUGGGUGACGUGCAGUAAGGUGAGAGCGUUCCCCGUCACCAGCUGUCUGAUCUGUGUGGUAGACACCUGUGGAGCCAAGGAAGAGGAGACUGAGUCAACACACACUCACACACUACCCCCAUCGUCAUCAUCAUCGUCUUCGUCCACAGCAUAAGCCAGGAUCUUUAAACUUUUUCAUCUGUUGUGCUUUUAUUUGGAGGAUGAGAGCUGGUCAGUGUGUUAUGAAACUGCUGUAGUGGAAUCAUGUUGAAGCUUCAUAUUGAAGAAAUCAUAGAGAACACACUCUUUGAGGCGAGGUGCUAACUAGCAGAACAUAGAACUGGGAAAAUACUAACAUGAAAGUCACACAGUGAUGAUUGUCUUCAGACAGAAGCUCAUUGUUAAAGCUACAGACGAACGACUGAUCUAAGAGCUCUCAGCUGAUACAGUUAGUCUCAAAUAACAUGUUUUUAUCAGACCUGGGUCAAACACUGUCAAAUACUUUUAAGUACUUGAAAGUAUUUGAGGUGUGCUUGAU